GUCAACGCAUGAUUGGUCCGUGUGACUACGAGUCACGUCCUAUUGGUUCGUUCUGCGAGGAGGGAGAUUUGAUUUUGGAUUUUUGAAGAAAACGGAAAGAGAAGGUUCGGGAACGUCCGAGCGGGAGGAGAGCCCGACGUCCGGGGCUUUGUUGGAGCGGCACCAGAGCCGUAGGUUCGGGCCCAGUGGUUUUGUUGGAGCUGGAGCGCUGCCGCUCUCUGCAGAGAGUUAUGAUGGAAACGCUAGAGGAAUUUGAUCAAGAAUAUCCUCUAAGCAAGAUGUUCUGUAAACGCCUAACCAAAGAGGAAUUUGAGUCUGAAGCCCUGACGUAUACGGAAAAGGCACUGCAGGACUUAUUUCACACUAUGGAUCAGAACCCAUCACUGUGUGAGAGAGUAGUGCGCAAACGAAAACAGGCUGAACUUGAAAAGGCUGGGUUGAAAUCCUUUAUUAAGGCUAAAUUUUUCACAGCUGUAGAUGGUCGGCUGAACCGCUGUAAUGCUGUUGGAAUAGAUGAAUUACAAGAAAGACUCCGACACUUGAAGGACGAGAUGAGAAAAGUUCAGAUGUACGCUUGCGAGGCUAAAGAAAGUACACAAAGGACCUCCAAGCGACUGGCUGAAAAGAGACGGAGGGAGCAGGGUGAGGUUUCUACGAAUGAAGAUUCCACACUACCUUCAGUCACUGCCAUUCCUCCACCACCACCACCACCUCCACCACCACCACCUGCUUCAGCUCCCAGUAAUCCAGCAUUUAAAACUCCUCUGAAAGACAAAUCAGAUCUUCACACAAGAGAAGCAAAGGUUUUGGCAACUCCAGCUCUGUUGGACAGCUAUGGACUGGCCAGACUCAAUCGACGCUGUAAAAGUAUUGCAGAUCUGAGAGUUCCUGAAGGUGACAAUAGCACUGAACCCGUCCAAAGUAUCCACUCGGAACUUCUGGCUGCAAACCAUUUCGAGAGACUACGAUCAACAGGCAUCCAUAGGUCUCCAGGUGGCACUCCAUCCAAAAUCCCCAAAAGUCAGCGAGCACAGGAAGGGGAAGUAUGUUCUCCUGCAUCUGCCUUUAAUACAACAUUGUUGAAUAAAUUUCGCAAUACAAAGAGCCCGAUUGAGAGUGCUCCACGAUCACCAUCCAGCAGUGACAGUGAGAGCUCUGGAUUCGCCACACCUCCAGGCAGCCCAUGAGUGAGAAACCCUGUAACUUCAACUCCCAAGAGUGACUGAAAUCUCCAGCUCUGUCUGCCUCUUAAGGGUUUUAACUUAAAUGUCUGGCCUUGAUCAAAUAUUGACAUGAAGAAGACGUGAUCUGAUGUAAUAUUACCAGAGUAAUAAGUGCUUCUGAUCCAAAAUUUUCUUUUAGAAAAAGAGUCCUUACCUUUUAAACAGACAGCAAAAAUAAUUUCAUUCACUUGUUCCUACCUAUACUUCCAUUUUUUUUUUAAUGUUUGCAAAUCUCAAAAUUGACAAGGUUGUGGGACAAUCUCUUUACUUUAUUGCACUUUAUAUAAUUCAAUUCUUGAAAUGAUUGUGAGCUCUACCUUUUUUGAGAACGUGGCAGCUGGGUGCAAAUCGGUUUAAUAUUGGGUGCUUCUUAGCUGUGGCUUCCUAUGGUUAUUUUACCAAGAAAUGUACAAGGUGCAAGAAAAUGUUUUUGUUUUUAAUUGAGCAGAAUGUGUACUUCCAAGUAUAUUUUGCAAAGUCAGUCACCACAAAGGUGCCGUGUUUUAAAUAACAUGGAAUCUCUCUACAAAUCUGAAAAGCAUUGGUUUUACAAAGUGAAGAACUCCUAUUAGCCUUCACUUCUGCAACCCUUUUGUAUGAACCCAGAAGAAUGUGAUGCAAAUUGUGGCCCAUGCCUUAUUAAUGUCAUUUAAUAUUUUCCUUCUGUUAUUUAGCUACAGAGGUGAUAAAAUUUCUAUAACAUAUUGUAGCCAUAAGCUGUUAAACAUGUAUAAAUUCAGUUGGUACGUCUCUUGUUUCUGACUUACUGUAAUUUUACAAAUAUUGUUUGUGCUUUUGAAAACAAAAAAAUGGAAUUUUUAUGAAGCAAUGAUGAUAAUACCAGAAGUGCUAGUUUUCUGUUCACACCUUUUCAAACUGAAGAGGGCUAAUCCAUAACUAUUUGUAUAUUUAUCUGAAGUUCGAUUACUGGAUUGUGUCUGAUGUGUGCAACACAAAUUAGGGUAUGAAUUUGUUGCUGGGACGCACCUACUAUGUGAAAUCAAAGGCAUUCUCCCAGGACCUGGGCUGCCAAUAAUUGUUAAAGGACAACAAGGCUAUCUGAAUAGUACACGAUAGUUCAAGGCACUUGUUGAAACCCAUUUAGAGUCUAUGUCUUGGCCAACAGACGAACCCAUUCACUUCUUGUUACAAUCUCAAAGGUGCUUCUCAGAUAUUUUCUUUCACUGCUUGCCUUGAAAAGCUCUUUGGAAUAAGGCACAAAUUUCUAAAGGAUUUAUACAUCUCAGUUCAAACUACUGCCUUUGAGAUAGGUGCUAUAAAAGAUCUUGCGUUGUUGCCUGUUGUAUUAAGCAAUACCAUUAAAUCAGUGAUAAAUGUAAAUGUUUUUAGAAAGAUUUACAAAUGGGUUGUGGACUUUCUAAGCAAGCUUUAAUAUGUAAACAUAAUGAUUCUUUUAUUUGGGGGACUUAUGCCAAAGUGUUUAUUCUAAAUGAAUGGAUAAAAUCCUGCUUUAUAUUCUGCAGUCUUGCAUUUCGGUAUAUCUGCCUCAUUUAAUCAUCUAACAAAAACCUUUAUUUUAACAUUAUAUAUAUAUUUGUAUUAGUUAAACUCCAUGCAGCACUGUACAGUUUUUAAUAUACAUAUGAUACCCACUGUGCAACUAUCGCAGUAUUGAGAGUUCACUUGUUCUGAUCACAGGCCUCUGUACUAAAGAACUGUUUCCCCACCUUCAUCAUGUUUCAAAGAUUGCUCAGUAUUUCUUUUACCAUAAUAGAAUCUCCAGGAGCACGUAGUGACGGUGUUGGAAGGCAGCUGGAGCACUCGAGUGAACCCUCUCCAGAAAGGGUGUCUUUGGGGGAAGAAGAAGCAGACAGACGUAGGAUUUCUCACUCCAGUGUAAACUGCAGGCUUCAUUCCAAGUAAAUACUGUAAAUACUUACUUGUGUGUCCCUUAAUUCCCUUCAUGUUUGUAAUGCUGUGAUGCCAGUGGAAUAAAGGACCUCUACUUCAUGA